ACUAAAAUACACUUGAGCACGCUACGAUCCACGUCACAAUUCAACGUGGGGGAAAUUAUUUGAUUGUGUGCAUGAAUGGUCGAGCUUGUGUUAGAACGAACCUUCAUAGAUUCACAAUGGCCCUUGGGGAAAUGGUGGAAAUGGGCUGAUUCAGGUUUCAUUCUGAUGCUUCAAAAAUAGGAUACAGAUGAAAUAAAAAUUAUUAAAUUUCACUCUGUGGAUUUCGAGUUGAUGCUGCCGAUGGCGGUGCAAAGAUGGCGUCGCGCUGACUUUAUCAUAACGGACUUACCUGUCAAACUUAAGUUCGGCUAAGUUUGACAGCACGAGGAGGGAAAAAUACUCUUUAGUGUUAAUACUUCACAAUAUUGAAGAUGACCACAAGGGAAAUAAUUACACUUCAACUGGGACAUUAUGCUAAUUACGUCGGAGCUCACUGGUGGAAUUUACAGGAGGGGAACUUCUCGUACGACUCGUCUAAUCCUUCGGAGAUCAAUAACGAUGUCUUUUAUCGAGAAGGCGAAAACCCAAGGAGACAAGUGACAUUCACCCCUCGAUUGCUCAUUGUGGAUCUGAAAGGUUCCCUCGGUUAUCUUCCAGAACGAGGAUCUCUCUACGACACAGUACCUGCCCCAGGUGCUGACCCCUCUCACCUAUGGGAUCCUGAGAACAUAGACACCACCACCGAUGACCCCAUUCCCAAGUCUUCAUUCAUCCAGAGCUUAGAAAAAGGGGAGAAAACAGGGGAGGAACAGUCCCUCGACCUUGAUAACGAAAUCACGAGUUGGGUGGAUUAUCUAGUCCCCAGAUUCCACCCCAGGACCGUCAAUGUUGUCAGGGAGUACAAGCACAAGUGUUCGAACUCUCCAUUCGAUGUUUUCCAUUAUGGAAAGAACCUUUGGGGAACCGAGCAGUUUCAGGACGAUUUCUCAGACAGGAUCAGAGCUUAUGCUGAGGAAUGUGAUCUCAUGCAGGGAUUUCAGGUACUUCUCGACUCUUCGGAUGCAUUCAGCGGUCUCGCCACCUCAUGCAUUGAGCACCUCCGCGACGAAUACAACAAGAGUAUCCUCGCCUUUCCCCUGAUUGACUCUCAGAGUACAAAGCCUUCGAUAUCAGACCUGUCGAACGCAGUGAAUAUAGCCCUCUGCUACCAACAAUUAAACGAACAUUCAUCUCUCUUCAGUCCUCUCUGCUGUGGAGAGAGUGGCUGGUUGGCACCAGGCUCACCCAGAACCUUUCCCAAUUUAAUCUAUAAUAACGAUUCAAGGUACCACUCCAGUGCCCUUCUGGCAACCGCCCUGGACACAUUGACAAUCAGAUACAGGUAUAAGCAGCACAGCAUGUCUUCUCUGUCAGAUUUGUGCGCAGAUCUGAAUAAGUUAGGGAGAAAGGCAGCAGCCACAAGCCUCAGUCUCCCCUUUCCAAUGACAACUAAGCGCGAUCUCAUUGACGUACUCGAUGACCUGGAGGGUCCACUCUGGACGAGUCUCACCCCCAGGGUCAGUAUCUCCGGGGACCGGUGCAUGCAGAGUGUUACCUUGAGGGGUAUCAGCGAGGAGAGGCUCAAGAGACCAAUGGCCGAGGCCAAGAAACAAAUGGGAAAGCCUGCCUACAGGUGCUCAACUGUCCACGAGAUGAUGAGCCUAUACCUGGCUUACUCUUGCCAUGCUUCUGCCACCCAUCUCACGACAGUGACGUCUGGGCUGAAGGUCUCCAUGCCUUUUCCCAAAAUUUUCGGUGGAAACGUUAACGGCAACGGAGAUAUCGCAGGCUGGCCCGUUGGAGAAGAAGUGAAAAGUGUUCCAGUACUGUCAGGAAUCCAUAGUACCUCAGAGCUCUCAAAACUGUUUGAGUCGCUCCACGAUUCGUUAUCAAAAAUAAAAACCAUUAAGAAGUUCCACGCCUUCGAGGAUGCGGGUCUCGAGCAAGACGAUUUCACCGAGUGCUUGAGCUACUUGCUGGACAGCAAAGAGAAUUACGAGGAUCACUACGCCUAAUCACUACCUCAAUUUUGUAUUGUUCAAUGUGAUUUAAAAUAUACGAGGGAUAUUUCGACGA